GUGACCGUCUGUCCACUCUUGUCACGUGACUCCGUGUUGACGGAAAUGCUGCAGGAAUGGCAAGAAACGAAGAGAAGCAGUUUGGAAGACUGAAUCGACUGUGGCUCCAGAAAGAGAGAGAAGAGGGUCGCAUUAAAGAUGUCAACGUGUCACGGCCAAAGCUUGCAACGUUAAAUUCAGUGGCAGCAGUGAAGAAGUGGAUGCCGAGCAUCAAGAAGGAGAUAGAGUACUAUCUGCAGCAGUCGCAGUUAUCUCAUUACCCAGAAAGGAAGAUAGACGAGUUCCGUCUGCAUAUCGAAGAACUCGAGAGAGAAUACAAACGCUACCUGAAAAAACUACGCUCCCUAGACCCCACCUGCAAACACAAGCCUUGGGAACCUCGAGCAUACACCAAGAGGAGGCAGGAGCCAAGCCAUCAAAACACCUCCAAAAAACUGUGCCUCCACAGCAGAGAAGAGGAUGUUAUUGAGGACACCAACACCGAGGCAGCAGGAAACCACACAUCUCUCACUAAUGUACAAGAACUUCCCUCCCCAUCAGCUCCUGUUUCCACCCAAGCCUCUGAUCUCCCUGACCAGGACCUCCCGCUGUGCUUCGAUCAGGCCCGGCUUGCGGUGGCGGUGGCCAGUUCACGUGUGGCUCUCACUGGGCAGCAGCAGGACACAGGUACGCUGACACGAGUGUUGCUCACCGGCCUGCCCAACCUCCACAGCCUCCCGCUAGCACAGGCAGCAGCAAACGAAGGAACGCGGCAGCCUUCGAAUGCUGAAACAGACCAGAGUAAAACCAAACAUUUACCGGGACUCGGCUGCUACUCGUCGUCCUCCGAUGAGGAAAAUAUAGCUGACUGAAAUUUCAGUUUGUGAAAUUUCAUCAUGCUUAUUUGAUGAUGUUUUUAUUUUAUUUUGUUGUUGGUUAAAUACAUGGUGCUAAGACAUUUAACAUUUGAUAUUCAUAAUGUCACUUAAAUAUUUUCACAUUUGGUGCGUGAAACUGAAACUUGAAAGUAAAAAAUUCCAUUUGAAACCUGAAAGCUGUAAA